CUAGUUUCUAAUGCAGCAGUAAUUUGGUAGCACCUUGCAUGGUAAACAGUUAUGUGAAAUUAUACACUUAUCAGAUAAAAAUGUCUUCAAACGCCACACAGCAUACUCAAUUGGUUUUCCAGUUCAUGUCUGAGUCAGUUUAUCACGGCAUGUGUCACAAGAUAGGGACUCCAGAAGAUGUAAGCUAUAGAAGGGACAUGGCUGACAUUAGCGAGUUUCUAGGAAAUCUGUUACAAAGAAAAGACCAGAGCAAAGAGAUGCGAAGUGGUAGCCAUAAAGAAGGAUUCCGAUUAGAUAAAUCAGACAUAGACAUAAUGAUACUUCAACUUAACCACCGUGUAAUCUGGGAUAUGUCUCAAUGUGAGGUGUACAACGCAGACAGACAAAAACUGAUUCUCUGUAACACAUCUGAGAGUCCGCCAGGAUUCGCAUUACUUUGGUUACCAAAAGGAAUUACCUAUAUGAAUGAAUACGUUUUUUCUGCUUGUGUACGGAUAAAAGAAAGGUUGUAUAUAUCAAGUUCUAAAUUCAGAGAGAUAACAUGUUCUUUAAUAAGACCUAAUUCUACAAUACAUGGACCAUGUGGUAGUGGACUUGUCGGAAGAAAAAUGCAUGACUAUGCCCAUUGUUUUGUCAGUGACUUUUGGCCUCCUGCUGCGUCCUCAUGGAUGGAUAGAUGUCACUUUUGGCCUCCGCAGCAUGUUUCCAGCGACAUUGUCCGAAAUGGUUGUCACUUUGUUGCAAUAGGACACAAAUUAGGAAAUCAUUCAGAUAUCGAAUGGAGAAUAUCUUUUUCUCAGGCAGAAAACAAACUUGUGUACUCUAUGAAUCAUACGCAAUUUUUAAUUUAUGGCUUGCUGAAAUUGUUCCUCGAGGAUGUAAUUAAUGCUGGAUUAAGUGAUGAAGAGAAAAUGCUUUGUUCAUACCACAUGAAAACAGCCAUUUUUUGGGCCAUUCAGCAAAACAUGCUUACUCACUGGUGUCCAGAAAAUAUAAUGGCGGGUUUCUGGAUCUGCUUUAAAAUUGUUUUAAAAUGGGUGUAUAACGGAGUUUGUCCUAAUUUUUUUAUUCCCCAAAACAACAUGUUCUUAUGCCGUAUAUAUGGCGAAGACCAGAGAAAUCUAUUCAGAAGACUUUAUGAAUUGUAUGAGAAGGGUUCAUCUCUGUUGCUACACAUUUCACCUAUCAGAAACUAUAUCCUUAAAUUCCUAAUCUAUUCCGGACCUAUAGUUUCUUACAAUUGCACUUUGGGCUCUGAGGUUACGUUUGAUGAUAAGUUAUAUCUAGCAAUAGAACGUAGUGAUGAUAUAAUAACCAGCAACCUACAGUCCUGUGCAAAAUCCCUUCUCACAAUAGAACGGUUGAUUUGUUCACCUCUGACAAGGUAUACGAUCAUCCUGUUACAAAAGCUUACAGCCACAGUCCUUCAAAGUACUGCUUUUAUACUACACAACCAAUACAUUGAUAGAAAUGGCAACAAAAAUACAUAUAUCAGAGACAAAAAGGCACUCCACUUGCUUAGAUUAUCAAUGAAAUUUGGAUAUGUGUCGGAUAUGCUGUACAUUGCAAUGUUCUAUUACAAAACAUUCAGAUACAAGGAUGCUUUAUCUAUCAUAGAUAUAUCAAAAGUCAAAAUGUCACAACCGUAUGUCAGGUUUAGAAGAAAUGGACACGGUUGGGCGUAUAUUGAGGCUGUAGGAGGACAACCUUGGUCUACGAAAAUUACACAAGCAAUAGCAAACAAUCUCCGGCUUGACAAUGGAAUUUGUUACAUUACAGAGUUGUUACUAGAACAGGAGUCUGGUAAACGGAGCAAUAGAACUUGGAUCCUCAUAUCCCCAUUCAUUCUGUCAAAUAUGCUAGAGUUUUUAAUCUGUAGACAUAACGACACAUCGAGAGCACAAGCGGCUCUAGAUAAUAUAACUGUUCUUAUACACCACGGCGAAGAGAGUUUUGUGGCUAAAGAUACUAUGGAUAUUUCGUGGGAGAUUCUUGGGAUCUGUCAAGAGAUCUCGGGCAACAUCCAGGCGGCCCGGUUUUCAUUUCAGCAGUCACUCAGACAGUAUCCAUGUUGUGAAAUACAACUUGCUACCAGACAGAGAAUUCAAAACUUAAAUGAGCAAGCAAAUCAUAGACCAUCAGUCACGUUAAUUAAUAAUAAAAACAAUUAGUUUUGACAAAAAAGGAAGAGAACAAUAUGUUAACCAAUCCAGAUAAUACCAGAUAAACACUUCACAUAUCAGUUUUUGUUGGAAUUUUUAAAUAUAUUUCUCCUUAUGUCUUCACUGGACAUCAGGACGUUCUAUUUCCUGUGAAUAUAUUUAGCCUUUUUAUGCGCCGUGAGCACAAAUCUAAACGUCAUCACGCGUUUUGGGUAUAUCUAUUAUUUUAAAAUUAAAUGGAAUGUUCAAAUUAACAUAACCG